UCCCCAUGAGGUGAUGCUGCGCGUGUUGCACUGUCCUCUGCGGAGGACUCUCACCUCUAUACAAUGGAGGUGUCCACGCUCGCUCUAUUCCACCAUGCACGACUCGAUUCAAGGCCAGGGCUCUACGGAGACCCGCCUGAACCCCCUUCAAAUUCAGAUGCUGUCGAGGAACCUCCACGAGCAGAUAUUUCGAGGGCUGCAACCGGAGUACGUAGAGGAUGACGUGGAGCGCAGCAUUCGGCACCUGCAGAAACAUCAGCUGUGGGGGAAGGAGAUUUCCCUUUUGCCCGAAGUGGAGCUGAAGCUGCCCCAGAUGUAUGGACAAAAUAUCGACGAGCACUUUCGUAUCCUGGCCCAGAAGCAGAGUCUCCCCUACCUGGAGGCUGCCACCAGGCUGCAGCUGGCCCACCUCCCUCCCAUGCCGCGCCAAUGGAGCUGGGAGGUCGGGUGGACGCGCUACGGGCCCGACGGGCAGAGUCACAAGGUCGACUUCCCCGAGGAGCAGGCGCUGGUGUUUGAUGUGGAGGUGUGCGUGGCAGAGGGACGAUGUCCCACGUUGGCUGUGGCCGUGUCUCCCACUAACUGGUACUCCUGGUGCAGUAAGCGCCUAAUAGAAGAGAGGUACUCCUGGUCCAACCAGCUGACCCUGGCUGACCUCAUCCCCUUAGAGACACCUAUCAACUCUUCUCGCCCGCCAGGGGGUCAGUGGAAGGAGAGGCUCAUCGUUGGCCAUAAUGUCAGUUUUGACCGCUCUUUCAUUAAGGAGCAAUACUUGCUGAAGGGUUCUAAGGUUCGCUUCAUGGACACAAUGAGCCUUCACAUGGCCAUCUCUGGACUGACCGGAUUCCAGCGCACACUGUGGAUGGCCAACAAGAUGGGCAAAAGGAGGGGUCUUCAGGAGGUCAAGGACCACAUUAGGAAAGCUGGACAGAAAAGAGAGGGUCCAAUGGUUGGUUCCUGGGACUGGGUCAACAUUAGCAGCAUUAAUAACCUGGUUGAUGUACAUGCUCUGUACGUGGGAGGGCCGCCACUGAAGAAAGAGGCCAGAGAGACGUUUGUGAAGGGCAGCAUGAAGGACGUCAGGAACAACUUCCAGGAGUUAAUGCAGUAUUGUGCCAUGGAUGUCGAAGCCACACAUCAAGUCUUCACUGAACAGCUUCCACUCUUCAUGGAGAGGUGCCCUCAUCCAGUGACGUUUGCAGGAAUGCUGGAGAUGGGUGUGAGCUACCUUCCUGUCAAUCAAAAUUGGAGGCGUUACCUGGAAGAUUCUCAGGACAUUUACGAAGAGCUCCAGAGAGAGAUGAAGAAGUCUCUGAUGAGUCUCGCGGACGAUGCCUGCCAGCUGCUGCAGGAUGACAGAUACAAAGACGACCCCUGGCUCUGGGAUCUUGAGUGGGAUGUGCAGGAGUUUAAGCUGAAAAAAGAAGCAGCCAGCAAGAAGAAAAACUCCAAGAAAACAGGCGAAACUAAAGUUGCUACUCCUCUCCCAGACUCUGAUGAAGACCCGGGCCCACCUGCUGAAGAGGAGAUAGCAGGUCCUUGCCCAAGCAGGCUGGCUUUGGAGAAGCUGAAGGAAACCGUGAGUCGACUCCCUAAGAGAAGGCAACAUCUGCCUGGACAUCCAGGGUGGUAUCGUAAGCUGUGUGAGAAGAUGUCGGAGGAGGACAGCUGGUCACCUGGCGCCAACCUCAUCAGUCUACAGAUGAGAGUCACUCCCAAGCUGAUGGGUCUGACGUGGGACGGGUUCCCCCUGCACUACACGGACAAACACGGCUGGGGCUACCUGGUUCCUGGACGCAGGGACAACCUGGUACCCGGGGAGGGAAGCACCGGGCCCGUGUGCCCUCACAGAGCUAUUGAGCGUGUUUACAGAGAGCACUGUGAGCAGAACAGCAAAGUGCAGCCCGAGUAUCCUGACUGCAGCCCUUCAGACGACCUCACGUGGACAGACGGCACACUGUGGGCAAAGGUGGAGGAGUUUGGGUCCUGGGAAAGUCUCAGGGAGGAAAAUGGAGUCCGAAUGAUGGAAAAUGGGGAUAAGAAAAGCAUGCAGUCUCUAGAGCCACAUCAUGCGCCAGAGGAGAGUCGCUGCCAUUAUCACCACGGAAACGGUCCCUACAAUGAUGUAGAUAUCCCAGGGUGCUGGUUUUUCAAAUUACCUCAUAAGGAUGGCAAUAACAACAAUGUUGGCAGUCCUUUUUCAAAAGACUUCCUAUCCAAGAUGGAGGAUGGUACUCUCCGGGCUGGACAUGGUGGAACCAACGCUACACGAGCUCUGGAGAUCAACAAAAUGGUGUCCUUCUGGAGGAAUGCCCAUAAACGUAUUAGCUCUCAGAUGGUGCUGUGGCUGAGGAAAGGAGAGCUUCCUCGUAUUGUCAGCAGACACAAAGAGUUUGACGAAGAGGGCCAGUGUGGUGCCAUAUUGCCUCAAGUCAUUACCGCGGGGACGGUAACGCGCCGAGCCGUGGAGCCGACGUGGCUGACGGCCAGUAAUGCACGGCGAGACCGCGUAGGCAGCGAGCUGAAGGCCAUGGUGCAGGUUCCACCUGGAUAUCACCUCGUGGGGGCAGAUGUAGACUCCCAGGAGCUGUGGAUUGCCGCCGUGCUUGGAGAGGCUCACUUUGCUGGAAUGCACGGCUGCACGGCGUUCGGCUGGAUGACCCUGCAGGGAAAGAAGAGUCAGGGCACGGACCUGCACAGCCGCACCGCCGAUACUGUGGGCAUCAGCCGAGAGCACGCCAAGGUUUUCAACUACGGACGCAUUUAUGGCGCGGGACAACCCUUUGCCGAGAGGCUGCUGAUGCAGUUCAACCACCGCCUCGAUCAGGCCGAAGCUGCCAGUAAGGCCAAGCAGAUGUACGCGCUGACCAAGGGCACGCGCAGAUACCGGCUGUCUGAGGAGGGCGAGUGGCUGGUCAGUGAACUGGGUGUAGAGGUGGAGACGGAAGAAGAUGGGAGCGUCACCCUGCAGGAGUUGCGGAGGAUCACCCGGCUGGCUUCACAGAGCUCGCGGCGGAAGAGGUGGGACGUGGUUGACAAGCGCCUGUGGGCCGGAGGUACGGAGUCAGACAUGUUCAACAAGCUGGAGGCCAUUGCUCACUCUGCCCAGCCGGCCACUCCAGUUCUAGGCUGCAGGAUCAGCAGAGCGCUGGAGCCCACGGCGGUCAGGGAUGAGUUUAUAACUAGCAGGGUGAACUGGGUGGUCCAGAGCUCUGCGGUGGACUACCUGCAUCUGAUGCUGGUGGCCAUGAAGUGGCUCUUUGAGGAGCACGACGUUGAUGGUCGUUUCUGCAUCAGCAUCCACGAUGAGGUGCGCUACCUCGUACGCAGUGAAGACCGCUACCGAGCGGCGCUGGCGCUGCAAAUCACCAACCUGCUUACGAGGAGUGUGUUUGCCCAUGCGUUGGGCCUGCAGGACCUUCCCCAGUCAGUAGCUUUCUUCAGUGCAGUUGACAUUGACCAGUGUCUGCGGAAGGAGGUCACAAUGGACUGUGUGACCCCCUCAAACCCCACAGGUCUGGAAAGAAGAUACAACCUAGCACCCGGUGAAGCAUUGGACAUUUAUCAAAUCCUCAACGCUACUAAAGGCUCUCUGAACAAAGGAAGAUAGUACUUUGUUCGCUUCAAACACCCAACCGCCUGGAUGCUGUUUAGUAGAAGCUCAAGAUCCGGGGGGGGGGGGG